AAUUGUAAAGUUUUAGUUGUCACUUAUUUGUCGAAGAGAUUUUAAUAACAUUUAAGAAUUGCGUGCCUUUUUCAUUCUAAGUUACAUUGGCUAUACCAACCAACCUUGACUGGCACGGCACUACUUCUAGCUACUAAAGCAAUCAAUCAACAUUUCAGAAGAAUGGUGUAUGCUCCUGAAUUACGCACGCACGCUCAGAAAGUGUGUACUCUCUACAAAAAAGCUAUGAGACAGAUAGAGGCGUAUUAUGGCGGUGCAAGGCAUGUGGUUCGCUACCAUCAGGUUCUGUUGAGGAAUAGAUUCGACGUGAACGCCUGUGUGAGUGACCCAAAAGACCAGCGACUGCUCUACCGCGUCGGAGAACACGAGCUCUUCACAACGCAGCAUCCAAUGCCCAUAGCCAAGUUUCCCAACUCUGUCGGCAUAGCAGGGGGGGUGGCGUACGGCCGAGUUGUGGAGCCUCCAGACUGGGUCCUCGACUACUGGCAUCCUUUAGAAAAAGCCCAAUACCCGGAGUACUUCAAGCGAAGGGAGUGUCGGAAAAGGGAGUAUAUCGAGAAGUGGGAGAAAGGGGAGUUGAUGUGACUCUUUAGUUAUAGUUAGGAGUUAACUCCUUUGUCGUAGCAAAUAUUUUAGUCAUGUUUAUUGUUGCAACUAUUUCAAUAGAUUUUUUUGUUGAUUAAAAAAAUUAGAUAA